UCAAACGAUUGGUAGUUUGGGUAGCGUUUUCUUCUCUCUCGUCCCAUCUCUCCUCGCCUUGACGUCAGCCCCCCGACAGUCGCCGUCUCCUUUCAUCUCCGGCAUGCUGCUUCUCCCAUCGCCGGAUUGCUGCUCCAUCCUGCUUUACGACAUUACCAGUAAAUGUAUUUGAUUCAGCGUUUUGCUUCCGAUUCCAAUUGAAUGAAGCUAUUCUAUGUUCAAUGCCAAUGUAGACUUCAAGUAAUACCAAGACGUUAACUUUACAUAGCUUGGUGGAUAAGCGAGGUUCAUAGGUGGGAUGCAGACAUCAAGAAAUAAAAGUUUGCCCCUAAGGCAGUGUUAAUGCAGUAGCUUACAACAAAUCCACUUCACAAAUUAUGGUGAGACUAAGAUACCUAAAGCAAAAUUCCAUCAGAUCCCUCAUUUCUCCUCUCAAUAACAACAAUCCCUUCAACUAUUCAACAAUAACAUCAUCCACCACAUCGAACGCUCUCAGUUUAAACCCAUUAUUUCCAUCUUAUUCAUCACCCCUGCAUAAAUUACAAGCAGAAGAUUUGGCUCUAACAUUUCGCGAAUGGUUCAAGUCAAGUGGGAACCCUUUUCUUGACCAAAUACAUCAAAUCCUAUCUUCUAAUGGCAGCAUCAGUGAAAAUGAGGAUUUUGUAGUGCAACAUGAAGCCAUAGAUGCAGCUUUAUCUUCUCUAAAUCUACGCCUCACAGAGUCACUUGUUCUUGAUGUUUUGUCAUACGUAAAAGACGUUUUAUCUUGCACAAAGUUCUUUGAUUGGGCCGGGAGACAACAAGGGUUUCACCAUACACGUGCCACAUUCAAUGCAAUUUUCAAGAUUCUUUCAAGAGCAAAACUGAUGUCAAAAAUGUUUGAUUUAUUAGAAAGGUAUAACAAACAUCGAGGAGGUCACAUGCCUAAUUUUCACAACAUUUUGGUCAUGGGUUAUGCUGUUGCAGGAAAACCCGAAAUUGCCCUUCAAUUAUUCGGCCGAAUGCGAUACCAAGGUAUUGAUUUAGACGAUUUUGCUUAUCAUGUGCUUUUAAAUGCUUUAGUGGAAGAGGGUUAUUUUGAUGAAGUUGAAUCAGUUGCUAGACAGAUCAAGAUUCGUGGGUUUGAAUCAGAAAUCACUCAUUCAAUUUUGGUCAAGGGUUUUUGUAGAAAAAGGGAGUUUGAUAAAGCAGAAAGUUAUCUUCGUGGGGUGAUUAAUAGUGGGAUUAAAAUAAAGAGUAGUGGUUAUAUAGUUGGUGCUCUUGUUGAUGCAUUAUGUAAGAAUGAUGAAUUUGAAAAAGCUGGGAAAUUAGUCGAUGAAUUUGGGGAAUUUCAUGUUUAUGAUAUAUGGAUUCGGGAACUCGUUCGUGCUAGAAAGCUGGAUGGAGCUAUGGAGUUUUUGCAAAAAACUAGGAACCAAAAGACGGCUGUUUAUGUUCCGGAUGUUUUCCGUUACAACUCCUUGAUUUUAAGACUUCUAAGAGAAAACAGACUCGAAGAAGUAUGUGAUUUAGUGAUUGAAAUGAUGAAAAACAAUAUCCCUCCAGAUGAGUUAACAAUGAACAUUGUUCUAUGCUUCUUUUGUAAAGCAGGAAUGGUGGAUGUUGCUUUAAGAUUAUACGAUUCAAGAACAGAGAUUGGAUUAUCUUUGAGUUCAAUGGCUGUUAAUUAUUUAAUGAAUACCCUUUGUAGGGACGGAAGCGUCAUUGAUGCAUAUCGUAUUUUAAACAACUCAAUCGACCAAGGGUAUUUCCCGGGAAAAAUCCCGUUUUCUAUCUUGGCAGAUGCUUUAUGCAAUGUGGAAAAUCUCGAGAUGAUGAAGGAGUUUUUUCAUGUAGCAUUAGAGCAUGGGAUUUUGUUAAGCAAUAAGUUUUACGAAAAGUACAUAAACGCCCUUUGUAGUAAGGGAAAGUUAGAAGACGGGUAUAUCAUACAUGGGGAACUCACCCUUCUUGAUAAAGUAACAACCGGAUGUGCUUACAAUACUUUGAUAAACGGGUUUAUAAAACACAAUAGAGGCGAUAUUGCAACAAGAUUAUUGAUAGAAAUGAAAGAAAAAGGUCGUACUCCUGGGAGGGAAUUGUUUCGAGGUGUGGUUCAAAGUGUAUGUGAAAUGGAAAAUCCUGAAAAACAAUUUGAAAAAUUGUUGGAAAUGCAAUUGUCUUUACAUGAACCCAAUUGUACGUUUUUUAAUUAUUUUAUAGAAGGAGCUGGUCUUGCUAAAAGACCUGAUUUAGCAAAAGAAGUGUAUGAAAUGAUGAAAAGAAGUGGGAUUUCUCCGAAUUUGGGUUCGGAUGUUUUAAUGUUGAAAAGUUAUUUAAAAAGUGGGAAAACAUCGGAUGCGUUGAUGUUAUUUUACGAUAUUUUGAAAAGACGAAAAAUCGGGAGAAAAAUAUGUAACACGAUGGUUGUUGGUCUAUGCAAAGCAAAUAAACCGGAUGUUGCGUUGAGUAUAUUUUUGGAAAUUAGAGAGAAGGGUAAAAUGGUCAAACCAAGUAUCGAAUGUUACGAAGAGUUAAUUUACGUUUUAUGCAAAUACAAAAGAUAUGACAAAGUCAUGGAUGUUAUCAAUGACAUGAUUCAAGUUGGGUGUCCUUUAUCGUCUUUUAUCGGUAACAGUUUGCUUCUAUAUUCUUUAAAAGAUCAAAACCUAUACAGCACUUGGGUUGACUCACUACCCACUGAGUCAACCGAGUCGACUCAGUCGUCACCUAUGUGGAAACUCGGCGAGUUGGUCGGGUUGUUUUCUGAUCGGUUUAGAGACGAUAUAGAUAUUAAUGAGUUGGAGGAAGUAGUGGGGAAGUGUUUUCCACUUGAUAUAUACACAUACAACAUGCUUUUGAGGAAACUAAUAAAGAAACAGGUGGACGAUGCUUCUAGAUUGUUCCGGAAGAUUUGUGAGAAAGGGUAUAAGCCGAAUCAGUGGACUUAUGAGACUUUGGUGCAUGGGUUUUACAGACAUGGUAGGGCGGCUGAAGGUAAAGUAUGGCUGGAGGAGAUGCAGAAGUUAGGGUUUACUCCAAGUGAGGCUACAACAGUUUUGCUUUAAAGAUUUUCAUAAACUUGCAUACUUCCAAAAACAUGUGAAAUAUAUCAAAGAUAGGAGAGGGUGGAAAGUUAGACAAGGGUGUUGCAGACUUGCAGUAUUGUUUGGUGGUUUUUUGGAUUUCAUGAGCAUUGAUUGAAAACUCAGCCACAAAUUUGAAUGACAUCACUCUUCAUCUUCUAUCUUCUCCAUUUUCUUUGAUUUCAUUACUCAAGAGUCAAGAUAGCCACAAAUUUGAACAAGUUGCUGUUGUUGGGCUUAAAGUUCAACCCAAAGAUACCAAAUUGAGUGGAUCUCAUAAAUUUUGAUGGAAGCCUUUUGUGGCAUCAUGUAUUUAGGUUGUGAUAUAAUCUCAAAAGAAAGUGUUGUUAAAUUUCAAUAUUCAAAUACUAAUCUUCGGCUUUGCUAAUGUUGCUAUGUAAUUAUUAUAAUUUGUUCUAAUGCUUUAUGUUUUGGAACAUCAUUUUAAUAAAAACGAGUUUUGAAGUUUAUGGUUUAAAA